AUGUCUGACGUCAGGGUACAUCGACAAAGGGGGAAAAGGGGUGGAAAAUUGAAAUCAUUGAAUAAACCACAGGGACCAAAUCUAAACAACCUUAUAUAUCCAAAACGAACAAAUACAGUGAGUUGUAAAAACGAGAAGGUUACGUGUGCAACAUUAAACUGUAGGUCUGCAAUUAGGAAAGAUUCUUUUAUUGGCCAAAUCUUACGGGAAGAGAAAAUAGACUUUGCAAUUCUUACGGAAACUUGGUUCUCCGAUCAUAAACAGCAUCAGUUUGAAACCAGUGACCUAAACCAGUAUGGUUAUAAACUUAGUGUAACUAAUCGGCCAAAUAGAAUAGGAGGUGGAAUAGCAUUAACACACAGAACUACUAGUAACAGUCGUAGAAUAUCAAACGGUGUCACACGAAGUUUUGAGUUUGGGAUUUGGCAACUUAUUCUAAAGAACAUUACUCUGCAUAUCAUGGGUGUUUAUAGACCACCAUCAUUAGCAACAAACUCUCAAUUCGUAUCAGACUUCUCAGAGUUUAUUGAGAAUAUAGUACCGCAAUACUCUAAUCUGAUGAUAAUGGGUGAUUUUAACCUGCACAUCGAUGACAGUAGCAGUGUGACGGCGGAUUUUAAAGAUUCACUUUUCGCAAUGGGAUUGACACAACAUGUAGACUUCAGUACGCAUAUAGGUGGCAAUAUCCUAGAUUUGGUUAUAACAGAGGCAACUAACGGCGUGGAAGUACUGUUAUGUGAACCAGGAACGUUAGUUUCAGACCAUUAUGUUGUUAAAGUUACAUUGAAUGUAAAGAAGGAAAAUAUCCUCAGUAAAACUUUCAAAACCCGAUCUUGGAGAGAUGUUAAUGAACCUGCUCUCAUACAAGAAUUCGAAAACAUCGAUAUUGACACAGAUGAUGUCGACACUUACACAAAAAUAUGUCGAGCACCUAAACCUUGGUUUAACGAAAACAUUGUUGUCCUGAAACGUGAACUUCGAAAAGCGGAGCGUUUAUGGACGAAAUACAAAGAACCUGAACAGUUACAAACCUAUAAGAAUUUACGUAACAAGUACUGCCAUGCCAUCGAACGAGAAAAAACAUUAACGCUCAGUGAAAAAGUGUCCAACUCUAAAGGUGAUUCAAAAAAGCUCUACGCUCUGGUUUCUGAACUGACAGGAACAAAAUCUGAAAAUCCUAUGCCAAGUGGAAUAAGUGACAGCACUCUUUCGGACAAUUUUGCUGAUUACUUUAUGAACAAAAUCUCUAAAAUCAGAGACUCCCUUCAUGAGUUUAACAAAAUACAAGCCAAUUAA